AUGGGCCAUAAGCUUUUCAACGCCAACGCCAGCGCCGGUGCCAACGAAGAGAGCGACAAGGCUUUCGGCGACAGGGAGCCUUCAGGUGACUCUUGCGCCCAAGGCGACUGCGAAUUUUGCGAGCUGACUGACGACUCUAUCACUACGAUCGACUCUGAUCUCUAUAUGACUUUGCACUCCGUCAACCAAAGCAUUGGUCGUCGUGAAAAGGUGCGAAUGGCCAAGGAAGCUAUUGCAGAGAACCAGAGUCGUGUGCAUUUUCUCAAGUACGAGACGGAAUACCUCGAGAGAAACCAGUCGGAAAUCGAGUGCAGAGAGUCCGACUGCAAGGCUAUUCAAGAGUUUAUCGAACACAUGGAAAAUCACUGA